AUGCUGCCCUGGGGCAACCGCUCAGAGGUGACUGAGUUCAUCCUGGUUGGCUUCCCAGGCUCCCUGGGGCUCCGCACAUGCCUGCUGGCACUGUUCCUGCUGGCCUACACGUUGACUGUCACAGAGAAUCUGGUCAUCAUCGCAGUGGUGCGUGCCAGCCCGGCACUGCACAAGCCCAUGUACGUGUUCCUCAGCCAGCUGUCCUUCCUGGAGGUGUGGUAUGUCUCUGUCACCGUGCCCAAGAUGCUGCUCAGUCUGGCCGCACCGCGCUUCCGCCGCAUCUCCUUCACAGGUUGCAUGGCACAGCUCUACUUCUUCCUGGCGCUGGCCUGCACCGAGUGCGCGCUGCUGGGCGUCAUGGCCUACGACCGCUACGUGGCCAUAUGCAGCCCCCUGCGCUAUGCCACCGUCAUGAGCCCUGGCCUCUGCGGCGUCCUGGCCGCUGGCUCCUGGCUCUCAGGCUUCAGCAUCUCCCUGGGAAAGGUGUUCUUCAUCUCUCGCCUGGGCUUCUGCGGCCCCAACCGUGUCAACCACUUCUUCUGCGAUGUCUCCCCGCUGCUCAACCUCGCCUGCUCCGACAUGACUGCCGCGGAGCUCGUGGACUUUCUCCUGGCGCUGCUCAUCCUGCUGGGUCCGCUGCUGCUGACCGCAUCGUCCUAUGCUGCCAUCGUGGCCACCGUGCUGCGCAUCCGGUCCACUGCCGGUCGGCACAAGGCCUUCUCCACCUGUGCUGCGCACCUGGCCGUGGUGGUUAUCUUCUACUCGGCCUCCCUCUUCAUCUACGCCCGGCCGCGAGCCAUCUCCUCCUUAGAUGGCAACAAGCUGGUGUCUGUAGUGUACACGGUGCUCACACCCCUGCUCAACCCCAUCAUCUACUGCCUGCGGAACCGGGAGGUCAAGCAGGCUCUGCGCAGGGCGGUGGGGAGGGUGACCCAGGUCCUGGGCACCUCCCCUUAG